AUGGAUUCUGCUACUGGUAGUAAUUCACAAUCUUCGACUGCUGGAGCUAUCAAUAGUGGAGAAUUAACAAGUCAAAAUCAUAGACAAAAGUAUGAUAUAGCAUGGAAUUAUUGUUCAGAAGGUGUGAAUAAGCAAGGAAGAACUUUGACAUGUGAGUAUUAUUUUAACGUAAUUGCUGGUGGUGGCAUUCACCAAAUGAAACAGUAUUUGGUAGGAGAACAGGGUAGCAUUGUUCCAUGUUCAAGGGUUGACUUAGCAAUUAGACAUGCUAUUUUAGCACUGAUGAAGGAAAAGGAGCAGAAAUCUAAAGAAAAGAAGGGUGAUUUUGGGGUGGAAAAUCCAUUUGGCCACACUACUCAUGCAUUUGAUGGUGAUGAAGUUUGGGAGAUCCCUUCUCCUUCAACAAAUGAGAUAGAUGCAUCUAGUGAAAGAAAGAGAAAUGUCACUGCUUCAACAGCUAUUGAUCAAAUAGCAUCAAUGGGUCAUGGUUACGAAGGUCCAUCAUAUCAUUCUUUGAGAGUUAACUUGUUGCCAAAUGCCAAGAGAGAUGUGAAAUUAGUUGUUGAUUCUUUUAGAAGUACUUGGGCAGAAACUGGUUGCUCUAUAAUGGGUGAUGGAUGGAAAGACACUAGACAAAGACUAUUGAUUAAUUUUUUGAUUAAUUUAUUUGCUGAAAUUGUUAAGAUGGUUGGUUUAAAUAAUGCGGUGCAUUUAGUUACUGAUAAUGCUAGCAAUUAUAAGGUUGUUGGGUCUUUGUUAAGUGAAAGAUAUCCGAACAUAUGUUGGUCACCAUGUGCUGCACACUACAUCAAUUUGAUUUUGAAAGGCAUUGGUGAAAUGAAUGAUGUAAAAGCUCUAGUGUCUCUUGCCUCAACG